UCCAGGUCGGUUUCGGCGAUGUUGCGCUGGCUGCCUCUGCCAGCCUCCCCAGCACUGAGGCAUCCUGACCAUCCGCUCACCAGCACCUACACAAACCACUGGCGCGUCCACUUAUCGCUCGCUUACCGUUUCUUCUCUUUAAUGAUGGCGUGAGACGUGUAUUGCCUGCCGCAGAAACACCUCCCUCUGCGCUAGUCUUUGCUUUCGUAUUCCCUUUCGACGGAAUCGCGCCUUUGGCGUCGCGGUUCGAUAUCGAUGUCCCGGCUGCAGGCGAGCCGCGAUGCGGCUGCAUUCUUGGUUGCUGUGCUGCUGGUCGGCGCCAACAUACUUAUUCCCAUGGCCAUGCUGACUUUUGCAACGGGCUUUUUCCCCUACAAGCCCGUCCUGCCCGGUCUUGCCCAGUAUGACAAGCUCGAGCUGGGCCCGCCCCCCGCAGCCCCCUUUGACCGGUUGGUGUUCAUGGUGGUGGACGCGCUCAGAAGUGACUUUGUAUACACGGCCGGCUCCGGGUUUGAGUAUACGCAGAAGCUCAUACGCGAUGGCACCGCGCUGCCGUUUACGGCGCAUGCCACGUCGCCCACUGUGACGAUGCCCCGAAUUAAGGCUAUCACGACGGGCUCGAUCCCAUCCUUCUUGGAUGUCAUUCUCAACAUUGACGAGGGUGAUGAGAGCUCCUCUCUGGCGUCGCAGGACACCUGGUUAGCACAGAUGAAGGCAAAGGGCUCGGGAAAGCUGCUCAUGUACGGAGACGACACGUGGCUGAAGCUAUUCCCGGGGACCUUUGACCGUGCCGACGGCACAUCCAGCUUUUUUGUAGCAGACUUCACCGAGGUCGACAACAAUGUAACCCGCCACGUCGUGCCAGAGCUCGCGAACUCGGACUGGAGCACAAUGGUUCUGCAUUAUCUCGGCCUGGACCAUAUCGGGCACAAGGGAGGUCCGAGGAGUCAACACAUGAUUCCCAAACAACGCGAGAUGGACGGUAUCAUUAGAGAUAUCUACGAGGCGAUGGAGUCUCAGGAGCACCUCCAGUCGACAUUACUGGUCGUCUGUGGCGACCAUGGCAUGAAUGAUGCAGGAAACCAUGGGGCGUCUUCGCCAGGAGAGACCUCGCCCGCCCUUGUGUUUGUCUCCCCCAAGCUCAAAGCCCUCGGUCACGGCUUCGAGGCUCCGGCCCCAUAUCAGGACGAGUUCCAGUACUACAAUGUCGUCGAGCAGUCUGACCUGGCCCCGACCCUUGCCGCGCUUCUUGGGUUCCCUGUGCCAAGGAACAAUCUCGGCGCCUUCAUCCCCGACUUUCUUCCCUUGUGGCCGGAAAGGGACGAUAAGACGCAGCUUUUGCUACGCAACGCCCGUCAGGUACUGGCCAUUGUCCAUGCAGCUUUUGGGGAUCACCUCUACAAUGUACCGCUGCAGGCCGAAGCGUGUGCUUUGGCAAAAUCUGAAGUGGGCAAGCUAGCCUGCGAAUGGCAAAGGCUUACAGAAUCUGCUAGCGACUGGACCUCCGAGAGUCGCUUUGAGAGCGAGUGGGUACCUCGGAUGACAAUGUGGCUUCGUAAGGCACAAGGGCUCAUGAGCAGCAUGGCCAGCAACUACAACAUGGGAAGGAUAAACCUGGGACAGCUCCUUGCAGUCGCCGCUAUGGGAGUCACAAUCAUGAUUUCCAGGUUACCGGCCACCGUAGAGAAGCGGUCGUACGUGCCACUCACCCUCAUGAGGGUAUGCUACGGCGCCAUGAUGUUUGCCAGCAGCUUCGUGGAGGAGGAGCAGCACUUCUGGUACUGGGCCACGACCGCCUGGCUGGCCUUCCUCGGCAUAAGGCGCCUGAGGAGCGCCUCGGGCCUUUUGUCCCGCGAUCUCAUGGCCACCUUCGUCGGCCUCGUGGCACUCAGGGUGCUGCGCGCCUGGAACCAGACGGGCCAGAAGUUCGCGGGGGAGCCCGACAUCGUCAAGACCUUCCUCCACACGAACCCCACGCUCCUCUGGACGCUCGUCGUCGCCACGUACCUGUGGGUCCACCGCGACCUGGCCCGCGGGUUCGACGGGCUCCCCGCCUUCGGCAACAUAACGGGCACGACCUGCCUCAUCCUGGCCGCCUUCACCUUCAAGCUGGCCUUUACGUACGAGGACUCGCCCGAGCUGGUUGCGGGCCUGGCCGAGUAUGCUCUCGGCCUCAUCGCGGGGGCGCCGCUCCUGAGCCGCGCCCGUGCCGUUUUCGCCGGUCUUGGGAUAUGCACCGUUCUGAUCCUAUUUUCCAUGAUAACCAAGCGCUUCCGCUCAAAGAAGGCAUCAGGCCCCGAGGCGCUGCACAGCCUGUACACGCUGCUGGCCAUGACGCAGUCCCGGGCCACCAACGUGCCCCUGUUCCUCGUCCUGGACGUCAUCUACCGGUUCCUGGGCGCCCAGGACCUCACGCUCGAGGAGCUCAGCACGUCGUGCCUACUGCUGCAGUCGGCGACCUUCUUCGCCUUUGGCGGCACCAACUCGAUCGCGUCGGUCGACCUGUCGAGCGCCUACAACGGCGUCGGCGAGUUCAACGUCGCCGCCGUCGGCGUCCUCACGUUCCUGGGCAACUGGGCCGGCGCCGUCUACUGGACCUUUGCGGCCAACACGCUGCUGCUGCGCAAGCGCAGGGCCGGGGGCGCCCUCGUCUUCCGCAGGCACGCUGCCGUCCUCACCAUGUUCACGGCCGCCGGCGCCGCCUUCGUCAUGGCCGCGUGCACCGUGCUGCGCACGCACCUGUUCGUCUGGACCGUCUUCUCGCCAAAGUACCUGUACUGCAUGGCAUGGGCCUUUGGGCAGCACCUGGCCGUGAACCUCGGGCUGGGUAGCGUUUUGUAUUGGGUGGGCUCCAUCUAGCCCGGAUUUUACCGGAUAGUCAGCUGUAGACGGAUGGAAAGGCUUCUAGAUAGACGGGUAGAAAUCGCGCGUAAAGGCAUUUCUUUAUCAGACCUCUCCCAGGCCGGCCUCCGACCUGGAUUCCUUUCAAUGCCAUCCCACUUUGACCUCUUUUUUUUGAAGCCACCCUGCCAUGCGUGAUAAUAAUAUCCGC